AUGGGCCCUGGACGUCGCAUGAAGAAACAGGGUGCGCCCGCCACCUUGGAAGAGCUGGGUAUCAAUUUGAAACGGAAAUCGAACCCCGAAACAUCCAAAGAACCGGCGAAGAAAAAGAGAAGACAAUCAGACCAAGACGAGGACAAUGCGAAGAAGCUGGUCAACCUUGAUCGAGCUUUACGUGUCGAACACCCGUCCGCAGUCAAGCAAGUGGAUCGGCGAGAUCGUAAGAAGACGCAAAAGCUCAUGAACAACGAUGCCCAAAUAACCAUCCCUCCGUCAUUUGCCUCGAUACCCGAACCUGCGGAUGAGACCGACGGAGAAGAGAACGAGUCUGCUGGGAUUCCGUUGGAAGAGGCAUUUUUGUCUGCCAGCGAGGAUGACGAGUUGGCACAAGAAGAACUGGAGCAAGAAGGAUCGGGUGAUUCCGUUUUCGACUCCGAUCCAGACGAGCAACCUAGACGCAUGUUCUCUGAAGACGAAGACGAGUCCGAUGCUGAAGCAAAAUUGACCGCUGCAAAUAUUGAAGGCUUGUCUCGGAGAUUGGACAGGGAGCAAGCCGAGGUCGACGCAGAAGCAGAACAGGAGUUGGAAGAUGCAGCUUUGCAGACCAAUAUCGCCAAAGAUGAAGGUGUCUUGGAUGCUGUUGCUGCGCAGGGUUUGGCACCAGAUCUGGCUGUUGUGCGCGGUCGAAUCACCGAGACCAUUCGCAUUCUAGGCAGUUUCUCAAAGUUGGCGGACAAGGCAAAGUCUCGGACAGACUACACCAAUCAAUUGCUUUCAGACAUCUGCACUUAUUACGGCUACACGCCGUAUCUGGCAGAGAAGCUGUUCUCCCUCUUCACCCCUGCAGAAGCUUUUGCAUUUUUCGAAGCAAACGAAACUCCACGUCCGGUGGUGUUGCGAACAAACACUCUCCGCACCAACCGCCGCACUCUCGCUCAGGCGUUGAUCAAUCGUGGUGUUGUCCUUGAGCCGGUUGGGAAAUGGUCCAAAGUCGGAUUACAGGUUUUCGAAUCCCCAGUGCCGCUGGGCGCAACUCCAGAAUAUCUCGCAGGCCACUAUAUACUCCAAGCCGCCUCCUCAUUUCUGCCUGUGAUGGCUCUCGCACCUCAAGCGAAUGAACGUGUCCUCGACAUGGCUGCUGCUCCAGGUGGCAAGACCACCUACAUCUCAGCCCUCAUGCGCAACACUGGCGCUGUGUUCGCCAACGAUGCAAAUCGUCAGCGUGCAAAGGGUUUGAUAGGUAACGUCCACCGUCUAGGAUGCAAGAAUGUCAUUGUCUGCCACUACGACGCCCAAAAGGCCUUUCCCAAGGUGCUUGGUGGAUUCGACCGCGUCUUGCUCGAUGCACCUUGCUCUGGCACGGGUGUCAUCGGUAAGGAUCCCAGUGUCAAGACAUCGAAGAAUGAACGCGACUUCUUGGCUUUACCGCACAUGCAAAAGCAGCUUCUUCUGGCCGCCAUUGACUCUGUGGAUCACAAAAGCAAAACCGGUGGAUACAUUGUGUACUCGACCUGUUCCGUUACGGUUGAGGAAAACGAAGGGGUGGUCCAGUAUGUACUGAAUAAACGCCCCAAUGUGAAGAUUGUCGACACCGGCUUGGGAAGUUUUGGGUCCGAAGGGUUCAAGAGCUAUAUGAACAAGAGAUUUGACGACAAAAUGCCUUUGACCAGACGAUAUUUCCCACAUCGUGAGAACGUGGAUGGCUUCUUUGUUUGCAAGUUGAGAAAGAUUGGACCUACUCCAAAGAGUGGUGGGCAGGUGAACGGCUCAGCCGACACCAGUUCAAAGUCUUCAAUCGUCAACGGCGACAAGGCUCCAAUUAAUGGCAAUACCAGCGACGAGGCAUCAAUCGCUCCCAAUGACGACUUUGGUGGCUUUGACGAUGAAGAGGACAAAAAGAUCAUCGAUAAGGCCGAGAAAAAGUGGCUCAAGGCUAGAGGUCUGGAUCCAAAAGCUGCGGACCGGAAAGCCGGCAAUAAGCCAACAGAUAAUGGAGCAGAUGGUCCCGCAAUCAAGCAGAAAAACGGGAAGUCCAAGAGUAGAAAGCACUGA